AAAAAUUUAUUUGCAUCAAUAUUUGCAUUGUAUUUUAGUGCACAGCAUGAACCCUUCAUCCCACUCACUCUCCAUGGGGAGGGGGCCCCACGGAGUCAGCUGCCAGAACAGCUUUGGAUACUGCCCUGCCCCUCCCUCCAGGGUUGUGCCCAGAGUAGCAUUUUUUUUUUUUCUAUGCCAUGAAAUUUUUUUGUAUUUUUUGUAGAGACAGGGUUUCUCCAUGUUGCCCAGGGUGGUCUCGAACUCCUGGCCUCAAGUGAUCCGCCCACCUUGGCCUCCCAAAUUUCGGAGAUUACAGGCAUGAGCCACCACGACCAGCCCCCAUAGCAGCUAAACUUUGCUUUGAAUUGGAGAAAAUUAAUAAGCACGAAAAUAUAUAUAUAAAAGCAGAAAAAAAAGGAGUAUUUCUUUUUUGUAUUAGUUUUACAACAUUUCUUCAAAAAUUUUAUGUUUGCAAUCAGAAAAAAAAAUUAUUAAAAAAAACCAAUCAUAAUCCUACAAGAAAGAGGCCUUUGAGUGAGGCGAGAUGAAGAAAAUUAGGUUUUGAGAUCUCUCCUGAAACUCUGGUUCCCUGUUAACAGAAAAGUGCUGAGACCACCUGAAACUAGUUCACAAAAUACAAAUCUCCAGCGCAACACACGCCUGAGGCUGAAACCCACGCCUUGACCCAGGGAAGGCUGCGCAGCCCCUGCUCGUGGACGCUGUGUGUCUUCGUGAACCAGGAGUUGGGCCCCAGGAACUUCCAAGAUUCCUUCUUGUCCAGGUGAGGCCAUAUGUGAAAAUCAGUUCGCAGCGAAAUUUGGCCGACUUACUUGAGGGAUUCCUUGGGUCGCUGGAUUCUGGUGACCCCGUCAGCGGCAGAGGGCGAGGGCUCUGCUGGGCAUUGUGGGGUCACCGUUGGGGUUUCCUGGGCAACCCAAGCGCGUAGAGGGGGCCUGUGGGUACAUUCCCGGGAGAGGACGCGAGGGGCCCUCUGGAGUCCUGGAGGCGGCAGCGUUGUUGUCCAGCCCGACGGUUCCCGAGAUGUGGGCCCCGCGCUCCGAGAAGAGGCCUGCGCGGGCCAUGGCAGCCCCCCGGUUUGGUGGCCCCCGGCGCGGCGGCGCGCAGCAUGAGCUGCUGGAGACGGCGGCGCGCCUGAAGCGGGGCCCCCCUCCGCGCGGGGAUCCGGAGGCGGUCGGGCGGCGCGCGGUGGCCGGCGACGGCGGCUCCUGCUCUGGCUGCUGGUGCUGGCGGCGGCUGUUCCGCGGCCCGCGCAGGCAGAAGCUCAGGCAAGCUCACGCGCGCGCAGGCAAGGAGGCCCCGGAGCGCGGCCCGUGGGGCCCCUCGAGCCUGCAGAGGCUGCUUCAGAGGCUGGCGACGUGGAGGCGGCGCUACCUGCGGCGCAAGGAGCGGCCGGACCGGCUGGAGGAGAUCCCGCUGCUGGUGCUGGACCGCGCGCAGGGCGGCCACGAGGCCGCGGCCGGACCCCAGAGCAGCGUCCCCGGGCGGCCCGCGCAGGCCGCUCCCGCGCGCCAGCCCCGCCGCCGGUCGGCCACGAGGAGCCGGCCCCGCUUUGCGCCCCCUGUGCACGCUCAGGAUUGUAUUUUUUUUUUGGGUCAACAAAAGCAAUAAAUGAAAGUAAACCCAGCACCGUAGGAAUGAAAGCACAUGCAAUGUUGGGGGGAUGUGCAUGGAAACCAAGAGUUAUCUUGAGGUUCGCAGCGAGCUAAACGAGCCGCGUCCUCCUCGAAGCCUCUCUUUGGUCCGAGGGCCUCGGUGCAGUAACUAACGCCUGCGGGUGCCGCGGAGCCCUGGGUUCCCCCCGCUGCGCAAUUGCUGCGGGCUGGGAAGAGCUGAAUCGGGGGCGGAUUGUCUCUUCCUAAACACUGCAGGGGAGAAGGUGAGAAACAGUUUUCAAUCUCUGCAAUGCCUUUAAUUUUUUUUGAGACAGAAAGAAAAAAACCAAAAAAACUAUGUUGCCCAGGCUGGACUCAAACUCCUGAGGUCAAGCGAUCCUAAGCCUCCCAAGCGCUGGGAUUGCAGGCAUGAGCUACCACGCCCUGUCAAAAAAAAAAAAAAAAUCGUUUAAAGCAGGAUGCUGAGCUUCACAUCCCACUUUGAAGUGAGCGAACUCUCCUUUUAUGCUUUUGUUGACAGGCAUUUAGAAACGGUGGCUUGGGGUGGAGGGGUGGGACAGGGGAGUUUGGAAACCAGUGCUAGACUUAAAAGAACAAAGGGAAAGGACUCCUGGAGGCUCCCAGAUGGGUCUUGAACGUCUUCCUUUUCCUCAUCAAUAAAAACCUGCUAAUGAUA